AUGUCCCAAACCUACCCCAAAAACAUCCCAAACCCCACCUCAAAAACACUGAAAGAAUUGGGGAAUUCCCUGGACAAGUGCAAGAAUAACGAGAACGUGCAGCAGAUCCUGACCAACGCCACCAUCAUGGGGGUCAGCGUGACGGCUUCCACCACCCAGGGGCAGCAGCUGUCAGAGGAGGAGCUGAGCCGGAUCAAGGACGCCUGUGACAUGGCCCUGGCCCUGAGCGGGGCCAAGCUCCGCAUCUACGAGUACGUGGAGUCCCGGAUGUCCUUCAUCGCCCCCAACCUCUCCCUCAUCCUUGGGGCCUCCACGGCCACCAAGAUCAUGGGGGUCGCGGGGGGUCUCACCCCCCUCUCCAAGCUGCCGGCCUGUAACAUCCUGCUGCUGGGGGCCCAGCGUCGGACCCUCUCGGGCUUCUCGUCCACGUCGGUGCUGCCCCACACGGGCUUCAUCUACCACAGCGACAUCGUGCAGUCCCUGCUGCCGGAUCUGAGGAGGAAGGCCGCCAGGCUGGUGGCGGCCAAGUGCACCUUGGCGCCACGGGUGGACUCGUUCCACGAGAGCCAGGAUGGGAAGGUGGGACCCAAAAC